GUUAGAUGUUUAGCAUAAAUUAUUUUAAGUCGGAAAAAGCAAUUAAUACUACAACCAGUGUUGAAAAUAGUACAAGUGAUGACAACUCUACUAUUCAUCUAUCAGAGGAUAUAUUUGGAAAAGCGUUCAACACAGCGAUAAAUGUAAAAAAUAAAAUUAUUCAGAUUGGAACACCUGUCAAAAAUAAAAUUAUUGAGAUUGGAACACCUAUUAAAAAUAAAAUAAUUGAAAUCGGUACACCAAUUGUGGAUAAUAUCCAUAACUCAACUUCAUCUCAAAUACCUUUUGUACCAGAUCAUAUAGUUGACUCUUUGCCAACGUGGGCCUGGAUUGUCGUUGGGAUCACGUUGGCCUUGGUGAUCUGCUGCUGCUGCUGCUGCCCUCAGGCUCUUGGUCAAAUAUUGGGUUUUCCUUUCUAUUGUGCCUUCAAAAUCAUCUCAUUGAUUUUUCAGUCAAUCUUCUCACUUUUUCGGUCAAUCUUCGCAUGUUUUAUUAAAUUGCCGUUGCAUUGCUUAAGUUGCCUAGGAUUUGAUAAAAUUGGGGUCAGGGCCGCUUCCUUUGCCUCAGGAUUCCAGUCUAUGUUUUACAAAGGUAACACCCCUUCGGGGACUUAUUUUUCUGACUUCCAAUCUUACAGUAUGAAAUGAAAUUUUGAAAUGUGGUUAUUACUUUGAAUCAAUAAAAAUAUUUUUAUUGCACUUAAAAAAAAAAAAAAAUAAAAUUUGACUUGCAUUACUAUUUUUAUUAAAUGUAUAAUUUUAUAAUGCUUCACUCGAUAAGAUGAAUAAUAUGUAGAUUUUAAUAAAUUGAUAUUUAAG